AUGGCAGAUAUAAACUGUGUCUUGUGCUCUGAAAAAGAAGGAGAAACUUCAAAGUUCGUUAAGUUAUCUGCCAAAGGUAUACAAGGAAUUAUAAGUGCAAGUAAAAUUCGAAAAGACAAUAUCCAUGAGUUAUUUGAACCAUUUUCUGAUGACCCCGCGAGAGUCCAUGUUGAAUGCCUCCGUGUAUAUAAAAAUCCUAAUAAUAUCCAGAAUGAUGCAAAAUUAAAGUUAUCCACUCAGGAUGAAGCACAAGUAAAUGGCUUGGCAGCAGCAAAUGCCAUUUACCACCAGGCAUGCAGCGUAAAUUUUCGAAAAGGUGACCCGAUCCCAAAAAAGUACCAAGAUAAUUCUAAAGACGAAUUACGUUACAAACCUCUUGGUCCACCUAUGGAGAAAGACAAGCUAGGCUUUUUUGGAAACAAGCUUUACAGACUUGGGUUUUCCAUAUUAUAUGAUGAAGUACCAAAGUAUUUACAAUCUGCAAUAAUAGACAAGACACCAAAUUUUCAAGUUCCACCAGGUCAUUUCUGUCAGCGGAUAGCUGAUAAUGUGGACCACAACAUUGCCACCAUCGAUGGUCAAAACACUUUCCAUGGAAUGGGAAUUAUCAUGUGCAAAUCCGGACCACCUGGUACAAAGUCUAAUUCGUUGUCAGAGAGAAAGAUCCCUCGUUGCAAAAUCCGGCUUAAUGCUGCUGAUAUCUCUGCAGAAGCAAAAAUAGCAAUUAGAUUCUUUCAGUCUCUUAAAUCCAACAUGAACAAAAUUAUAUUUGAAGAACUGAUUUUAAAUGACAUGAAACAGAAUCUAUUAGAUCUUUUGUGGGACACCAGUAAGUUGUUGAAGACGCCGCGUCCUGGAUGGAAUGGAUACAUAAAUGUCGUUAUGAUUGAUAUGAAUCCUGCAACUCACAGCUGUGUUUAUACCACACUGAAGUUUAUAUGUUCGGAAGCAAAAAAACUCAACAUACAUUACUUAAAAAAAUCACAACUGCCAAAAGUGAAUUCAAUAUUGCAAGAUUGCCACCAACUGAAGAUGCUGAUGUUCAGCACCUUCUUUGCGUAUAUUUACAAUACCUUUAUUGGAAAACUAUGA